UUUAUGUUGUAUGUCAGAUAAUAUGUAUUGUUUUCAAACAAUGCGUAUAGACAAUGCAUUGUUACCUAAUUCACGUCGGUUGUGUUGUCGAUCACACAAUGCCAGUUAAAAUUUGCUUGGACGCACUAGCGUAGCUACCAACACGGCACUUAGAAAACCAGUUGACGACAGUGAGGUAAUAGCCUGAAUCUUUACACGAUUGUUGGGCACAUAACGUUACAAGGCAGUCAUGGGCCAGGAUGUAUCCAAACACUCGAUGAUUGGUCUGCUGAUGAAAUGUCCUCACAGAAACAUAAGAAUCGCACCAGAGGACAUUCCAGUGAAAGAUAUCGCGAGGCUUGAGUCACAUUCCAUUCAUUCUGAUGCACCACCAGUCUCUCCAUUCGUAACCGGGAUGCAGGGCCAUAUACUGUCAACACCUAACACAGGGGGGAAAGUUGUGUCUAUGAACAGCACUAACGCAACACAGAUUUUGAACAGCAAAGUCACUGACAUCACACCAAUUAGAGGCCGAGUUGUCUCUUCAUCCAGCACGUUGACUAACGUCACGCGAUUUACAGAGGGAAGUGACGUCUCCUUGAACAGCACAUUGACAAAUUUCACACCAUUUUCGGAAGGGAAUGACGUAUCUUUAAACAGUACACUGACUAGCAUCGCGCCAAUCAGGGGACGAAUUGUUUCCGCAUCCAGUACUUUAACAAACGUCACACCACUUUCAGUGGGGAGGAAUGUUACUUUGAACAGCACUUUGACGAACGUCACAAGAUUGACAGAGGGGAGCAAUGUCUCAUUAAACAGCACAUUUACUAAUGUCACACCAUUUACGGAAGGAAGUGAUACAUCUUUAAACAGCACACUGACUAACAUCACGCCAAUCAGAGGACGAAUUGUCUCUGCAUCCAGUACUUUAACAAACGUCACACCAUUUUCAGUGGGGAAGAAUAUUACUUUGAACAGCACUUUGACUGACGUCACACCAUUAGACCCGGCAAGUGAUGACGAAAAGCUACUCGACCGCAAUUGCUGUAAAGCCCUGAACUUCGACGAUACAGAAACUGGGUGCGCCCUUUACAACUGGUGCCAAAGUUUGGCUGAUGUCGGUGAUUCAGGCCACUUCUCCAGCGACGAAGAGGAUGAAAUCAGACAAAAUAAACUGUCUGAUUUGGCACACAUUGAGAAAUUUUUGACAUCUGACGGAGAACUCGAGUUGAUCACGUCGUGGUCUAUGUGGUACAGUGACAGUGAAUCGGAUGGUGAUGUCUCGCGCUGUCAUGGCGACGCAGAACCUACCCGAAAAGAUAAAAUUUAAAUAAUAGAAACUUCACUAAAUACAUUCACGCUUGGACAUCGUGUGGUGUCGAGAUGUGACAAAAGAAAUCGAAACACAGACAAUAUCAGUCAACUGAACGUAGAGAAAAGGCUGAAUACAGAGAAAACAAAGCACAGACAAUUUCACAAGCGUGAUGUGAGACAGUGUAUUAAUACUCUAACGAAUGUGCUACGCCAUGUUACACUUUUGCCAAUGGCUUCGUCGCGUACAUGCGAACCUUGGAAUCCUCGAACAGAACCAUGAAAUUUUAAAUAUAUGUGAAUCUUUUUUUAAUUAAACUACAUUCCCUUGUCCAACCAUCGAUUGUACGUGUGAUAGUAUAUGGUGGUGACCUGUUAAUAAAUUCUAUGUGUUGCUAAGUGUAUAUAUAAGUAA